ACCCGCUUAGGACAACAUCAAGAUUCUGUCAGCCCGGUAACACUAUACUAUACGGUUUAUGGAAGUGAUUUCGAAGCUGCCAUAGGUGUCCUGGCGUGUCUCUGCUCACCUCUGUGUCCUGAGAAGACAUCUUUUGUUUGGAGAGUUGACCGUCUGGACCAUGGGGCUCCCUUCGCUACUGUCCUCGGGUUGAUAACCUUCACAGUGCUCCUAGCAUUUGGCUCGUGUUUCCCAGCACAGAGCCCUCAGCAGGCCAGACUGGUGGACCACCUGAGUCAUCUAAAUGUCAGAUUUGACUGGAGAAAUGCUACCUGUCCGAUAUGCAAAGCUGUCUUCACCAUCGUCGACAUCGCCCUCCUGAGUAACGCAAAUGAAGAGCGAGUGGCCCAUGCAGUUGGUGAAGCGUGUAUCCGACUCCAUCUGGCUGAUGAGCUGGUGUGUCGUGAAAUAACAGAGCUGUUCAGGGAUGACUUUAUUCGGGUCCUGCAGGAGUCCCUGCUAUGGCCUUCUGAAGCAUGUGCACUGUUGGUUGGCCCCUCUUGUGGCAAAUUUGACAUCUAUGCACCCUGGAACGUCACACUACCGAAAGUCCCCAAGCCCCCAGUCACGCCACCCUCUCCUCCUAAACCUGGUUCUCCACAGAGCAGGGUCUUGUUUCUCACAGACAUCCACUGGGAUCAAGAGUAUGAAGCCGGCAGCGCUGCAGACUGCAAGGAUCCACUGUGUUGUCGGAAAGACUCAGGCUCUCCCAGCUGGCGGCGAAGGGAGGCUGGGUACUGGGGAACCUACAGUAAAUGUGACCUGCCUCUAAGAACAGUAGAGAAUCUCCUGGAAAAUGCUGCGAAAACUGGACCCUGGGACUGGGUCUACUGGACAGGAGACAUACCAGCACACAAUGUUUGGUCCCAAACCAGAAAACAGCAGCUUUCUGAACUCACAGUCAUCUCCAGGCUCAUCCACAAACACCUGGGACCUAAUGUGACAGUUUACCCUGCUAUAGGAAACCACGAGAGUACACCGGUGAACAGCUUUCCUCCACCCUUUGUUCAUGGCAACAGAUCUUCUGCCUGGCUCUACAACACAAUGGCUGAGGAAUGGGCACCAUGGUUGCCAGAGCAGGCUUUGAAGUCUUUAAGAUACGGCGGUUUUUACACUGUGGAAAUUCAGUCUGGUUUGAGGGUUGUCUCUCUCAACAUGAACUUCUGUGCACGAGAGAACUUCUGGCUGAUGGUCAACUCUACCGAUCCUGCCAAUCAACUGCAGUGGCUUGUCCAGGUUCUCCAGAUGAGUGAAGACAAGGGGGAGAAGGUGCAUAUCAUUGGUCACAUUCCACCAGGCCUAUGUCUAGACAGCUGGAGCUGGAACUACUAUCACAUUGUCAACAGAUAUGAAAGUACAAUCACUGGACAGUUUUUUGGUCAUACACACUGGGAUGAGUUUCAGAUGUUUUAUGAUGAGGAAACCAUGAGCCGUCCACUGGGAGUAGCAUUCAUUGCUCCCAGUGUCACCACCUAUGUAACCUUAACCCAGGUUACCGUGUCUAUUAUGUGGAUGGGAAUUACCCAAAGAGCACUCGACUGGUGCUUGACCAUGAGACCUACAUCCUCAACCUCACAGAGGCAAACCACAGUCCACAGGCUCCCUGGAGCCCUCAAACGGACCCCAAAUGGACACUUCUAUACAGCGCCAAAGAAGCCUAUGGCCUGUCUAGUCUGUUCCCCUCUGACUGGGAUGGGCUGAUGCAGACCUUUCUAAAAGAUGACAGGGUCUUCCAGAAGUUCUGGUACUUGAAACAUAAAGGUCAUGUGUCAGAACCCUGCAAAGAGACCUGCAAAACUGCCACGCUCUGCUUUCUGCGAAGCGGACGUUAUGAU